UCACCUCACCGCUCACCAUGUUCGCCGCUGCUCGCAUAAUGCGGACGCCACACGCACCGCUGGUGCGCGGGUUCGCGACCUCUCGUUCUGUCCUAUUCAAGUCCAAGUUUUGGCCCAGCGUCGACGAGGCCGUCAAGGUCGUCAAGAACGGCGACGUGAUUCUGGCCGGCGGCUUCGGCCUUUGCGGAACCCCCUCCACCAUCAUCAACGCUAUCGCGCGCCGCGGUGUCGACGAGGUGUCUGGCCUUACGCUCGUGUCCAAUAACGCGGGUGUCGAGGAGAAGGGUCUCGGCGCAAUUAUCAAGACUGGGCAGGUCAAGAAAUGCAUCGUGUCGCACAUCGGCGCGACAAAGCUCCUUGAGAACAAGUACCUCAACGGCGAGAUCGAGAUCGAGCUCACGCCGCAAGGCACAAUUGCGGAGCGCGUGCGCGCCGCUGGUGCUGGCAUCCCGGCGUUCUUUACACCCACAGGUGUUGAGACGUCGAUUGAGAAGGCGACAGUGCCCUACCGCAACGCGGCGAAGGAUGGAUCCAAGCCUGCCCUGUUCCCAACGCCCCGCAAGACGAUGACGUUCAACGAUAAGAAGUAUAUUAUGGAGGAGGCGCUGCCCGGUGAUGUGGCUAUCAUCCAUGCGUGGAAGGUAGACGAGGCCGGCAACACCAUUUUCCGCUACACGGCCACAAACUUUAGCCCUACCAUGGCCAAGGGCGCAAAGUGCACGAUUGUCGAGGCCGAGGAGGUCGUCCCGACUGGUUCACUUGACCCGGCCCAGAUCCACCUCCCAGGUAUCUAUGUGGAUCGCAUCGUGAAGGCCACCGAACCAAAGGACAUCGAGACACUCAGCCUCAUGCCCGCACCUGGCGACGAUUAUGUGCACCCUCUGGGCAACGGGUCUCUGCGCUUCAAGCGUGAGAUGAUCGUCAAACGCGCCGCCCAGGAGCUCCAAGAUGGUUACUACGUCAACCUGGGGAUAGGCAUGCCGACUCUACUUCCCGCCCACCUCCCAAAAGGGCAGUCUGUGUGGCUGCAGUCCGAGAAUGGCCUCCUCGGCAUUGGCCCCCCUCCCACCCGCGAGCAGGUCGACCCCGAUCUGAUCAACGCUGGCAAGGAAACGAUCACGAUGGCGACGGGUGCAUCGACCUUCUCGUCCGAUGAAAGCUUCGCCAUGAUCCGCGGUGGCCAUAUCGACGUCGCGGUCCUCGGCGCGAUGGAGGUGUCGUCUAAGGGCGAUUUGGCGAACUGGAUUGUGCCCGGCUCGCUCGUCAAGGGCAUGGGCGGCGCGAUGGACCUCGUGUCAAACCCCGACAACACCAAAAUCAUCAUUGUCACGGACCACUGCACCAAGAAGGGCGAGCCCAAGAUCAAGGCCGAGUGCGACCUUCCUCUCACAGGUGCGCGUUGCGUGUCAAUGAUUAUCACCGAGCUCGGCGUCUUUGAGAUCGACCGCAGGGCUGGCCGCAUGACACUCACAGAGCUCAUGCCCGGCGCGACGCUCGAAGAGAUUCAGGCGAAGACCGCUGCGCCCUUCGAUGUUUCGCCUACCCUCAAGACGGCCAGGAUCCCCGAGUAAACCAUCCAUUGCACGACUCUGAUACCCUCAUGGUAUACCCCGGCGUCACCCAGGCCGACGGCAAUGUCGCUAUUGAUAAUAUUCAUUCAGCCGAGCGACUGUACUGUUAGCGAAAAAUCAUGUCGCAGUAGAAGCUAUCAACAGUUGUGCGCAUCAAAUCCCGCACUCUCGCUUGUCGUCUGAAUAUAUCGGCCACUCAUAUUAGCGUCGUCUGGGAUGACGCGGGGCCAUGGCGUCCAUCGGCAAGCCUGCAUGCAGUGUUAUUACGUGCGG